AACCGGCCUGCUGGAGGACGCCGUCUCGCUCCGGAAGAUGCUUGGAUGGGGCAACUUUGGCUCCCAAUUUGUGUCCAUUUCACCGGCAGCGUUUCUCCUCAUCUCCUCAGCGAGGAUUUAAAUAUGUGGAAAUGAGACACCCAGGUCUGACUGGCUCUGGCUGAGAUGAGUGGAGCUUUGUGAAGGAGCGCUGCUCGGCCCCGUGUGCUGGAUGUCUGUGACGGAUCCAUGGGCCAGAAGGACCAUGUGGAGGCGGGAGCAGUCCUCGACCUGGCGCCAGACCUGGAGUAUCUCCACGUAGCAGGGGCCGACCGGCAGGCUGGCGGCCUUGACGGACCCCCUGCUAUGGAGGAGCAGGCGGAGAGCUUCACCACCACCACCGCUGUUUGUUCCCUUCCGGAGGAGAGCGGUGGGUCUGAUGGCGAGUGCAAGACGGCGCCGCCGGCCACAGCAGACUCAGACAGAGGAGAGGUCAGCUGCACUUCCAGUAAAAACACCCACCAGCCGCUGUGCCGCACGCCAUGUGUAGAUCUGGGCACGGAGGGGCCUCCGGAGCCUCCGUCGGAUCCCUCAGGAGAACCGGAGCGGGAACCGGCCGAGCCUCCGGCCGACUGCCCCGCACCAGAACCAGAGCCCAAGCUGGCGGGGAAGGACUACCAGGCGAAGCUGGAGUUUGCCUUGAAGCUGGGUUACUCUGAAGAGACUGUGCGCCAGGUGCUGUCCAAGCUUGGACCCGACACCCUCAUCAACGACAUACUGGGCGAAUUGGUCAAACUGGGCACCAAACCUGACAGCGAGCAGCCAGCGGGAAUAUUGACUUCUACCUCAUCGUCUUCAUCAUCCUCGUCUUGUGGCUGCUCUGAUGUGCUAGAUGGGCAGAGAUCGGACUCUCCACUACCCACGGAGUCUGUCUGUGACCAGGACAACCUGCGACCGAUCGUGGUGGACGGCAGCAACAUGGCCAUGAGUCAUGGAAACAAGGAGGUGUUUUCCUGUCAGGGCAUCCAGCUGGCUGUAGACUGGUUUGUGGAGCGCGGCCAUCAGGAAAUCACGGUUUUUGUGCCUGCUUGGAGGAAAGAGCAGUCCCGCCCUGAUGCUCCAAUAACAGAUCAGGAGAUCCUGCGGCGCCUCGAGAAAGAAAAGAUCCUGGUCUUCACCCCCUCACGGCGCGUCCAAGGCCGGCGCGUGGUCUGUUAUGACGAUCGCUUCAUCGUCAAGCUGGCUUAUGAGUCAGAUGGCAUCAUCGUCUCCAAUGACAACUACAGAGACCUGGCUAAUGAAAAGCCUGAGUGGAAAAAGUUCAUAGACGAGCGGCUGCUCAUGUAUUCCUUUGUCAAUGACAAAUUUAUGCCUCCAGAUGAUCCUCUCGGACGUCACGGCCCCAGCCUGGACAACUUCUUGAGGAAAAGGCCAAUCCUGCCUGAGCAGAAGAAACAACCCUGUCCAUAUGGGAAAAAGUGCACGUAUGGCCACAAGUGCAAGUACUACCACCCUGAGAGAGGAGCUCAGCCUCAGCGCGCCGUGGCCGAUGAGUUGCGUGCCAGUGCCAAGAGCUGCGUCCCCUCCAAGAACCAGGGGGAUGCUGGACUGGUGAAGAGCCACAGUGUGCCAGCUGGCACCAUCGAGGCAAAAAACGGUGCCCCAAAAAGGCAAUCGGAUCCCAGCAUCCGAGCUCUGUCGUACAGUGACGCUGAGGAGAAGCUACUGGUGAAAAGUAGACUAGAAAGCCAGAAGAGCAACACAGGUGGGAGCAGCAGUAACAGUUCUAGUAGCAACAUCAGCUGUAGCGGAGGUUUAGCGGUGUCUUCAGCCCUGGCAGGACCGUCACCUGGUUUUGGUCUUUUGCAAGACCAACAGUCCAGAUCAGGGACACACCUACCGGCCCCCAGCCAUGAUCUCUACCCUCACUGUGAGACUCCAGACUUAAGCUACUUCUCUGUAACACGGGCCUACUCUGGUCUGAGCCUCUCCUCCCGACGAAGCCCGGACUGCCGCUACCCCAAGGAUCCGGAGCUGCGGCUCGGCUCGAUGGGCUCCACAGGUUCUGAAUGUGGGAGUGAAAGCAGCAUCAGUUGUGGUAGCAGUGACUCAUAUAGUGACCGAUCCUGUCCCGGAUGCCCCCCAGAACCUUUAUUAGAAGAAAGCGUUCAUUUCCCCAACCCCGCUGGCCGCCUGUACGCUCAUCACAUCGCUUCUAACCAUGAGCUGUGCGGUCUGCAUGCGGCAGAUUACCCAAGCAUCCAACACAACCACACCUCUAAUCCAGCCGUUCAGUCCUACCAUCUGAAUGCUGCGUGUGGGCAGAGCUGUGUUCAUGAGCAGCCUCCACCAGAGGGACCCCCUAAGCGACCCCUUUACCCUCUGCCUCCUCACCUCCAACACCAGCCGCUAGCUGCCCGCUCCAGCUGCCCCGGCGACUACCACUCUCUGCCUCAGUCCAACCAUCAGCCCCCUGGAUCUCCCAUUGGCCGCUGCCUGGCCCCCACUCGCAGUGAAAGUGUGUCCGACUCGCAUCUGUAUGAACAUCUCUCUGCGUCUCACCACCACCAUCGACCGAAAACGCUGCCCAGCUGGGAGACUUAUUACAGACAGCCGUCACUCCCACCAUCAAGGUACGAGCCGUCAGCCUACCAGAGUCUGCCUGACACGCAUCAGUCGUCCUGGCACCCCGCACCGUGGCCUCAAGAGGGCUACAGCUCGUCUCACCCAGCUCUGCACCUGUCCCCGACACGUUACCUAGGCCACCCGCCGCCACCAGCCCUCUCACCCCACCCUCCUUACCCGCCUCACAGCUCCCAUCUCGCUCUUCUGUCACACCCUCCUCCUCCGUACGGGCCGCAGCACCCGGAAUCCCCCGUGCACUGCCGCUACGAAGACGUGAGGGAGAAGGUGUACGUCGACCUUUGCAACAUCUUCCCCUCGGAGCUGGUGAGGCGUGUGAUGGCUAGGAGCCCCCAUGUCACGGACCCCCAGCAGCUGGCUGCCGCCAUCUUGGCAGAGAAAGCACAAAGUGGCUACUGAAGAAUCCCCUCCCGUUUGGACAAGCAAAAGAAAUUAGUCAAGAACUUUUAAGCAAUGUACGUGCAGUCUUAAAGGGGCAGUAUUAUAUAUUUUCAGGCAUAUAGUAAUUAUAAAAGUGCUCUAUUUGGGUGUCAAAUAUGACUUAAAAAAACUUUCAUUUAAUCAAACAUGCAUGAAAGAAUCAAGGCAGCUCUCCAGGUAUGUUUUUUUUUUUUUUUUUACCCCUCCAGGGGGUCUUUUUUGUGGGCUUUAGUGUCCCUUAUGUGACAGUCCGGUGUGGGAAACACUUUUAUAUCAUAUGCCACAUGUUGGUGAAGGUAUGCCACUGACUUCAAUAAGAAUUAGCUUUGACUGAAUAAGGCCAUCUAGAGAAACCUGCAGAAAUGCAGUUGUUUAGGUUAAAGUUCACCUGGCUUAAAAACUAUGUAUUUACAGAUUAAUGAUCUUUAUGCUACCGUUCACUCUCUGGUACUUGGUCUGUUUCCUGUAUCAAUCUUUUUGUGUGUGUGUUGUGUUUGCUGGGUUUUUUUCCAUGAUUGUUUCAAAAAAAAAAAAAAAAAAGGGUGUUCAAAAUGUCGUUGUAUUGAGACGGCAGUCUUUUUUGGUCAGAGUUGUAAGCCGUAGAGAUGGGUGACCCUGUCCUGUGUACCUUAGUUUUAGUAAGGGACAUCUCUCUCAUUCUCUCUCUCUCUGUAAGCCCUAGACUUUUGGGUAAACUCUGGUUAUCUGCUUCAGUUCAGGCGCAUCGUCGACAGCAAGUGUAAAUAUAUUUAACCGUUUUCUUUCGCUUUGCUUUCGGGGCAGUAGAGUCUGCUGUCGUCUGGAGCAGAUCCCAGCUGAAUUCACGCUAGUUGGAGAAAAACCCUGUUUGAUACAAAUUGUAUUAUGAACUAAGUCGCUGACAUUAUAUACAGUACAUGGACUUGUCGUUGUAAAGCGAAAUGACAAAGUGCAUUGACAACCGUUCUGUUUUAAUUGCAAUUUUACAACUUUUAUUCUUAAAAAUAGCUUUGCGACAAUUCAUUUGAAUAUAUUUUUUUGAAAAUUAGUUGCAGACCUACUAUGUUUAGGUAUCAACUACAUUAUUUGUUUUCUUUGGGUUUUGUUAUUGGCUACGUUGGUAAAGAUGUGUAAGAAGAAACCAAUUUUACAUUUACACAAUCGCAAUAAAUGAGGAAAAAGUGCAAUUUUCACAUUUCUGUUUAACAUAAUGGAUCUUUUUACACAUCGAUAGCAGGGUGGGCAAUAACAAUGGAAGCUGCUGUAAAUAACCAUUAAAGGAACAUUUAGUGAUUGACAGCCUGAUUUUACUCUAAGGUUGGGAUCACUACGUUUUUAAAUCUCCAUUCUCCGUUUAUUGGCGUUGUUUUUAUGUACGUAACACAAGUUGUAAUGAAAGAACUUAAAACAAUUUCUCCCAAGUCAUGAAUUCAGUAGAGUUCAUUCAUGAUUAAAAUAAUACUUAGAUGAUAUCCCUGUGGCCAUUUUGAAUUUCUCUAACGCCUAAAUAGCAUUAUUUUCAUCACACAUACACACCCUAUACUUAUUUACGAACUCUAUUUGAUUUGACCAUUUACUAGACAAGAUAAUGAUGAUGUUGUUUUCUAAAUCCCAAUGGGACGCAUGGUUAUUUAUAUGUAGUCAAAAUGAUUAGGACUGAAGUAAAUUGAUGAGCAGUUUUUAAUAUUUUUGUGAAAACUGCUAUCAAAAUACUAUAAAACCCUGAGCAUGGUUUUGAUGGAAUUUUCCUCAGAUUUCUUUCGACCCUGAUGAUGUUUUGCCAUAUAAUUGCAAAAAAGCACUUAGGAAAAAAAGACGAAAGGAGAUUAUAUUACUUGAAAACGCCAAACUUUUAAAUUAGAAAGAAUUCAAACCCCCAUUUGAAGUUCAAAAUGGCUACCAAGGAGGGUAGCUUGAGUGAGCCUUGUUACAAGCUUGCUUCAUAGACCAGACAUUGUACAAAUAUCUGUUUAACUGUACAAUAAUACUGAGAGAGAAUUCUUUGUGUUUAUUGAAGAAGCGCCUUCCCUCCGGCUUCCUGGCACUGUGUGUCAGUGUGGCGACUGAGCGUGGGCCCAAAGUAAUGCCUCUUCGUGGCAUUGUGCUUAUGACACAUCCGAUAAUCUGAACUAUGUUCAGCUAACUAUUAUGCAUGAAGUUUUUUUAAAUUCUUUAUUUUCUGCAUGAGUUGUUUUUGUCUUGCCAUGAUGUUACUGACAGGCCUGUAGGUUUAAAUGUUUGCUUGCUUGUAAAUUUUAUGAGCAGCUACAACAGACCAGGAUGCUUUAUUUAUAGUGUACACUAACCAUGAAAGGGGCGUCACCUCCUCUCCUCUUUACUGCACCCUGUGGUAACUUCUGACUUGUAAGUAUUUUAAAAUUGACUCGGAGGCUAAAAGUCCAGUUUCACAUUUGUUACAUUUUCUCAAUAAACUAACAGUGUAAAAACUUCAACUGUAAUUGUGAUUGUUGAAUAAAGGCAACAUACUGCUCUAAAAUACA